AAAAAGAAGGAAAAGAUUAAAGGAUGUGAGAAAUGUAUCUAGAGGUGAAAAAAGCAGUUUAAAACUCAGUGUAGGAUAACGUGCGUCUCCUCAAUUUCUUUCCCCUUCCCUCUCUGCGCAUGCUCAGUGUCUUGACUCAGCGGACCUCAAUCGGCGGCAGCUGGAGAUCAAGCGGUCCGACGAUAGAUGGAUGCCCAGUGAGAAAACCCAUCCGCUCCGGCUUGGAGAGGUCAAAGAAGUGUACAAUGGCACUGUGCCCUGAAGGUUGUACUCCCGGCUCAGGAGGAGACUCCUCUGGCAGUGAGGCGGGCUCCAGCUGUCUUCAGUUUGGGGUUCGUUCCUAUCUGCACCACUUCUACGAAGAAUGCUCGUCCUCCAUGUGGGAGAGGGACCCAGAGAAUCGGGGGUCCAACCACAGCCAGACAUCAGCCCUGCGGUGGAACUCAGCUGUCUGGAAGGUGUCCUUGGCUCUGGGUGUUCUGAUGCUGACUGCAGGCAUUGUGUCUCUCUCUGUCGCUUACUCCACUCCCCACAAAAUCGAGUCCUUCGGCGAGGGAGACCUGUACUUUGUGGACCCCCAGGCCAUCAGCUACAACAGGGGUCUUCACCUCAGCACCGCGUCCGGGAUCGGGCUGUCAUGCCUCGGCUCUGCUCUGGCAGUGAUGGGAGUCGUUGUGUGGGUCCUGCCCAAGGCCAACUUAAAAGAACGGCUGUUGCACAGAUCAAGGGAAGCGGAUCAGAGCGGGGAGGCGGGCUCGAAGUGGAGAGGAUUCAAGGAUGGAGCGGAUGUGAUAACGAAGCCGCCGGAUACAGAGGAAGGGAAGAUACCCUUUAUUCUGGCAAAAGUAAAAAAUGUGCAACCCCCUUCCUAAAAAGAAUCACUGUUGAGCUACAGGUAGUACAGGCACUCAUGCUGAUUCUGGAACAAUAUGUCUCCUUAUUGUCUCUGAUCGGAUUUUGUUCUGUGACCUGAAUAUAUGUGACUGAAUAGGUCAGAAAAACACCCACAAUGACGUCAUACAUACUGUGUAGGGCUUUUGCAUUUUAAGUCUGAUAAAUAUGUCCCAUGAAAAUCUUCAUAACACAAGUAAAUUUACAUUUCGAUUCUAAUUUAAUAUAAUUUGUAUCAAAAAAGCGUUUCUUAUUACGGACAUUCUUCAAAGACUUAGAGCAAUGUAUUAAGACUUUAUUUUAAAAAUCCCAGAGGUUCAGAAAGGUUUUGAACUAAACUUUAAGCUAUAGGGGGUUGAUUUAAGAGCCCUAAAGAAUAUUAGAGCCAUCUGAAGAACUCUUAUAAUAAAAAGUAAUUAACACAUCCUUAUCAUUUUUCACAAACGAGACCCAAAGAAACGGUCCAGUGAACCUGAAUUUCUUGUUUUUCUUUCCUGUAGUGCAGCAGAAAGACAUGACUGUUGACUCUGGGAUUUUUUCAAAUAAACAUUUCUUUGUUUAUUGCACUUUGACCAUCAGUCAAAUUUAAACUCAGUAAUAUAUCAAAAACAGCUUAUUGAGAAAAAAAGUGUAGUGAGUGAUCAAACAGAACAAAAGCAUCGAUACACUAAUGUUUGCCAGCUGUCUUUAAAGGAUGCAGCAAUCAACUCUCAGCUUGGUAUGCUCGACCGGCGACCAAAUGGUUUCACCUUAAAAAAAUCAUUUUUUUUCAUCCUCUAGACCAGGGGUUGCCAAACUUUUCAGCCUGGGACUCCCAAAAUAACAGUGCCACAGACUGGUGACCCCCUACUUGGCAGGAGGUAUUUAAUUUCCCUUUUUCGGGAGGAAAUUGUAAGAAUAAAGUCAGAAUAUGAAUAUAUAUUUUGAAAAUACACUU